UAUCGAGAAUUCUACCUCAAAAAUCAGUUCUAUCAUUCGUACAGAACUUGUCACAAAGACGUGAGUCAAGAAUGUCAGUAGAUCCUCGUAGGUCUUAUUCGAGAUCAAAAAAUGGAUGUUACUCUUCAGCGGCAUUACGCGAAGUUCAUCUACGUAGUCCCAGACGGUUUGAGGGAGCUGAUCAGCGACAUCUCUAGAGAGGUACUGAGGAGUCAACCGAGUGAUUUGUACACCUUCAUCGCCGAUUACCUAGAUGCUCUGAUGAUCACCAGGGAGAACGCUAGAGUUGCUUCUAGACUGGUCGUGGACAUACUGCAGAUAAGCGAGACAACCGCCGAGCUCCUACAGAAGACUGGCUUGAAGAGGCACGAGGCAAACAGAGCUGCGGCCGUUAUCCAGAAGAAAUUCAAGAAAUUCCUCGAGAACAAAUAUCCGAACAAGCAAGAACGACCCAAAGACACCGAAAUGAUAGUUACGGAGAUAUUGGAAGAGGCCAAUCUGACGCGGGAAGACGCCGAAGCAGCUGCCAUGAUAAUACAGAAGGCCUUCAGGAGCUUCCUGCAGAGGAGAGAACGGGAGAUGGAGCUACUUGGUGGUAUGAUCGACUGGAGGGUUGCGGCCAGAAGCGCCAUCGCCCUGUAUAGGAAGACUGGCGCUACCUACCAAGAGUGUCACAGGGCCGCCACUCUCAUCAAGAGUGCGUACAGGGGAUACUACCAGAGAAAAGUCAUGUCCAAACUCGUCGAAGAAGUCAAAGCUGGCGAUUCGGUGGAGUGUCUAUGCGAUAUGUAUUCCAUUGACGUCCCGGCCAUAGAGCCCGCGCGUCCAUCCAGCGAAGAAUGCAUAUGCUCGAUGGAAAGCGACACCAUCCUAGCCGUGGAGAUAAGGGAUGAGGGUUGCCUCUGCGAGUUCACUUCUUCCGAGUUGAUCAGAAUAGGAAAAGGAGAGAAAAUUCUGACGGACGAAGGCUUCGCGCCUUUGGUGGACGAGCCAGAAGAAGCGGAGGAUGACGGUUAUUGCUAUUGCGAGAAAAAUCCCAUCAUCGAGGUGGAGCAAAUCGACAUGACGGAACCGAUCGAGGAAAACGUGGAGUUCAAACACGUUCCGCUUCUUUACGACGAAGGAGAAGGGGAACAAAACGAUGACUACAACUGAAGCAGAGGUGAGAAAUUCGCUAGUGGAAAGAUUAAUUGACUUGAUCGAGAAUUGAUAAUGUGAUUUUGACUCUUUGGAUUUUUUCUGGAAGUAAAUUCUGUGUUGGAAUUGAA